UUAUUUUCUGUUCAAGCAGGACGUGCCGCGGACAAGGAGCUCAGCUUUAGAAAGCUUAAGCAAUGACACUACACCUUGUAAUUGCGUGUGUGGGCAGUAUGGUCGGAAUAUGCGGAUCGUGGGAGGGACAGAGGCGGAGGCACACGAGUUCCCCUGGAUAGUCCUACUAUCCUACAGGGGCAAGUUCUACUGUGGCGGGACUCUCAUCACAACCAAACAUGUCCUUACAGCCGCCCACUGCACCCAACAGAUCCGCAAAGAACACGUGACAGUGACGAUCGGAGAACACAAUCGUAACAACUCGACCGAGAAGCUGCAGACACGGAAAGUUGUCCGUAUGACACCCCACAAGGGGUUCACUAUGCUCACCUUCGACAACGACAUUGCCAUCCUCGAGCUGGAUUCUCCUGUGACCUUGUACAAGACCUCGGUACGAACCGCCUGUCUUCCCAACUCAGAUGACGAAGACUACACGGGCCGGAGUGCCACUGUAGCUGGCUGGGGAAGAUUGGCUGAGAGGAAGAAGACCUCAGAGCUUCUGCGCAAGGUUGACGUGCCCAUCCUGUCAGAAUCCGAGUGCAAGAGUAAGGGCUACCCUGACAGCAAGAUCACCGAAAACAUGAUCUGCGCUGGCUACACUGACGGCAAGAAAGACGCCUGUCAGGGAGACAGUGGCGGCCCUCUGCAUGCUAUGGACGCUAAGAACGUCACGGAAGUUAUUGGAAUCGUCUCCUGGGGCAGAGGCUGUGCGCGUCCCAACUUCCCCGGAAUAUACACGCGGGUAGCCAGGUACAUCCCAUGGAUCGACGAGCGGCUGGGAGGAGAGUGCCGCUGUACUCGCAGACCCGGUAACCGCACCAGGACUCCCCGUGACGACUUGGAGGACGAAUCUCAGGACUCCUUCAAGAUCCUGUAGACAGUGGUCCAAGGUCCUCCGUCUUCUAGUCAAUCCUUCGUGCGACCCACCUACAUCUCAUCAUGUGAUUUAAUCAGUAUCAUAUUGACAUUCUGUCGAAUUUAACCGUCUUCCAUAAGAUACAAGUAGUGUAUCGUAAUUAUUAAUUUCAGUUAUCCCACUGUCUUUCGGCUAUUUGUACAGUAGCUUUUUGUUUCGUAGCAUUUCUUCUGCAUCAGAAUAAAUCUCCCAUUUCACUUAGCAUAAGCAAUUAUCUUUAAAGAUAUAUAGAAUUGUAUCUGAAAUCUAGCUAGUUUAUAUAUACCAUUACUUAUAUUCGAAGUAUUGAGGCAUUAUUGUACUAAGUAGCGAAUUUGUAAAGAUUGAAUAUAGAUUUGAAAUCAUUUCAUUACAGUAAAAUGUUCUAUGCAUCGUAGUUUUAUGUAACAGUAUAUAAAUAUUUAUAAAGUAAACUCAUCAUCAGUCAUUUUAUUAUAAUUGUAUACUUGAAAUACUGGUAUACUUUAUUUCCAUGAAAAUGCAUAUGCAUUACUGAAAUAAAUAAUUUUAUUUUCGUUCGUAACAUUGUUAGUUUAAAAAUCGUGUAAAUAUUUUGAAACUUGACAAUCUACUUGUACACUAUGUGUAUCAUUCCUGUGUAUAUUAGUACAAAACAAUAGCGAAGGUGUUUUAUUCGUGAAAACAUGGUAUUGCCAUUACAGUGCAGUUUUCUCUGUAUAUAAAUGAGGAAUUAUAAUUAUCCACCGAAUAAUUUACAUAGUAAUUAUUGUGAUAAUAGGAUAGGAACGCAAUUAUAUGCUGUAGUGGUUACACGUAUACAGUGUUAACUAAUGAGUACGUCCCAUGUAAAAGUUGUGAUUAGUAUUGGGAGACUGCUGCAGACGGAAUUCAUUAACAGUAGAAAGUAUCGAUAGAAUGUUGAAUAAUAUUAUUAGUUUGCUAUUGUGCUAUUGUUUUAGUGGUUUAAACUUAGAUUUACAUUAACUAGCUUUUUUAAGAGCAUAGAUUUACGGCAUUGUUCCAUACUUAAGUAAAACUAUUUUGUUGAUUGAGUUUUAAACUGCAAAAAAUAUAUUGAUUUUGUCAAAUGUACCUGGUUUGAAUUAAUAAAAUUUUCAUUAAGAAUGA